GAAUGAAAUACUGUCGAUUGAUUUUCUCACUUCCAUUUGAAGUGAUGACCAAAAAAUGUUUCGUUAUAUUCAAAAUGGAAUUAAAAUUAAAUUUAAAGCAAAUAGAACAACGUCGGGGCGUGUUACGAAUGGCCAAAAGAGGCGGUUACUGCAUUUAAUGCAGCAGCACCGCAGCGUUGGAAGGGGCCAAUUUAUGAAGUUGCUGCAGAAUUAAAUGCAUUGGGAGGGUCCCACAAGUCCCCUAAUCAGUGGCAAAAAUGUUGGAUAGACUGGAAAUCGGCAGUCAAGAAGCUGCACAAUGCCCACAGAGCGUUCGCCAGACGAACUGGAAACCUGCCGUUGUAGGACGGUCCAAAACCGUUGGAUGCCAUGGACCUGGAAAUUUUGGAGUUUUUUUCCAGCGACAUGGUGGACAGUGAUGGGCUCACUCCCAAAAUUGGUUUGUCGACAACUGCUGAAAUGGUCGAUUUUACCAUUGAGGAUGAGGGUGAUGCUACUGCCAACAUUGGGUUGGACGCAAACGCGGACAGUUUGGACAUCUUCGAAGAGGAGGCACUUGAAGAGGCUGCAAUGGGUCAGGUGCUUGAGGUUGUGCCAAACAAACAGCAACCCAAACAGCGCACAAACCAAAGCUGUGUGGAAGAGUAUCAUUUGGAGGGUUCCUCAUAUUUUUCUGAACACCACUGUAUAUGA